UUAAAAAAGUUUUAGAAGUGCGUGUCUGUGAAUGUGUGUGUGAGUUUGGAGAGCUGAGCGCUGACGCCGGCAGUCUGGGCCACUUGGCCAGCGCAAAGGAAAAAGGAAAACUGCUUCGCUGCUGCUGCGGAGGGGGGUGAAUCGAAACUUUUGGGGCAAAAAUUCCCCGUUUAUUCAGAAACAACAAGUUAAAAGCUAAACAGCGGCGGAUUGUCGCGUUACUUCUCCACACUAGUCGAGUGAACGUAUCGGACUGGAAGUCUUUGCUCUUUGUGGUCCCCGAUUUCUCAGCUUUCACGAAAGAAUGUGUUUUUGUCUCCGAGGACUUCAGAUGGAGUAGGGCAGUUCAGUGAAUUUCUCCAUGAAUGUACGUCACAAUGAUGAUGACAGACCAGAUUCCACUGGACUUGGCUCCGCCCCCCCUCCUGAACGGGGAGGUGCCUCUCAUGCCUCACAUGGUUAACGGCGACGCAGCACAACAGGUGAUCCUGGUGCAGGUGAACCCGGGGGAGACGUUUACCAUCCGGGCAGAGGACGGCUCACUGCAAUGCAUCCAGGGUCCUGCUGAGGUUCCCAUGAUGUCCCCAAAUGGGUCAAUCCCCCCCAUCCACGUCCCCCCAGGAUACAUCUCACAGGUGCUGGAGGACACCACAGGGGUCCGCCGGGUGGUGGUGACCCCCCAGUCUCCAGAAUGCUACCCUCCCUCCUACUCCCCGGCUCUCUCUCCCACACACCACCUGCCCCCCUACCUGGCUCACCCUCACUUCAUCCCCAACUCUCACUCUUUUUACCCCCCAGUCAGCCCUGGGGAGCUGCCCCCCCACCAGUACUACCAGCACCACCUUCCCCCCAUGUACGGCGAUCCAGAAAUCAUCCCAGUUUAUGGGAUGUCGAGCUACAUAGGCAGAGAAGAGACGUACAGUAAGCCACAGCCCAAAAAGAUGAAGGAGAGACUAGAGCGACAGAACCGACUCAACUCUCCUCCCUCCACUCUGUAUAAGGGCAGCCUGGGGCCAGCACACAACGGAUACAGCAACAAAUCACACGCCCCAUCGCUCGGGUCGGUGGGGUCAGGGGGCGGACUCGGCAGUCCAGGAGGGAAGAAGCCAGAAAGACGACUCCGAAGCAGUCCACGAAACAGUGAACCAGAGACACACACACAAGAUCAUGACUCAGAGGGAAAGAGAGUUCAAGACAUGCUGUCUACAAUCGACAAACCACAGGUGUCUAAUGUGCAGGCGCGGGCUGCACGACUCUCCUGGGCCCCCCCGGCAGGCCUGGUGAACAGGCAUAGUAACGGGAUGCCUGUGUCCUGCUCCUACGAGGUCUCUCUCUCAGAUAAGGGACGAGACGGAAAGUAUCGCCCUAUAUACAGUGGCGAAGAACUGGAGUAUCAUCUGAAAGACCUAAGGCCAGCGACAGACUACCACGUACGGGUGUCGGCAAUGUACAACUCGGUUCGAGGCUCGUGUUCAGAAGCCGGCUCGUUCACCACACACUGCAGCGUCCCCGACGUCCCGUUAACCCCGAAACUCUCCCACCGCACCAAGAGCACCCUCACCUUACAGUGGAAGCCCCCAGGCGACAACGGAUCCAAAAUCACAAACUACCUGCUCGAGUGGGAUGAGGGAAAGAAGAACAGUGUUUUCAGAGAAUGUUACUUUGGGAGCCAGAGACACUGUAAGCUGACGCGGCUGUUCCCCGCCUGUGGCUACACGUUCAGAGUGGCUGCACACAACGAUAUUGGCACAAGUGGCUUCAGCACAGAGGUGGUGUUUUACACCAUGGGCACCCUGCCCGCUCUGCCUCUGGCCCCGCGGCUGGUCAGGGCGGGGGUGUCCUGGGUGACCCUGGAGUGGGGGCGUCCUGAGGGCAGUCCGAGCGAGGAGCAGCUCAAAUACACACUCGAGAUCCAGGAGGACAACAGCGGAACAGACUUUCAUCCUAAGUACACUGGAGAAAACUUGACCUGUACUGUACAAGGCCUGAAGAGGAGUACACAGUAUAAAUUCAGGCUCAUAGCAUCAAACGUGGAGGGAAAAAGUAGUCCCAGUGAAGUGUUGGUGUGCACCACCAAUCCAGACAAACCAGGCCCUCCAUCUACACCCUGUGUCACUGCAGCGACACCCUACGGAUUUACCGUCACAUGGGAUCCUCCCCAGGACAACGGGGGCUCAGAGACUCUCACGUAUCUGCUAGAGAUCUCAGAGGGAUGCUCUGAAGCGAGUCAGUGGGAGGUAGCAUACAGUGGUCCAGCAACAGAAUGUGCGUGUGAGCGCCUGACCCCCGGGACCGUCUACCGCCUCCGUGUUUGUAGCAUCACCACCGGAGGACACAGCCCGUGCACUGUUAGUGUUCCGGUCCGUACAUUAAGCGUCCCACCAGGACCUUGCCAGCCGCCAAGGAUUGUGGGUAAAGCCAAACACAAGGAAGUGCAGUUAGAAUGGGACCCCCCUGUGUCUGAGGGAGUGUGUGAGGAGUGUGUGUUCAGUCUGGAGAUGAGGGAGGGGGACACCAAGCCAGCCGAGGUCUACCAUGGGUCGGAGCUGCAGUGCACCGUGGGCAGUCUGCUCCCUGGUGCCACAUACAGCUUCCAACUGCGGGCUGCCAACGAGGCUGGGUUCGGAGUGUACUCUGAGCCGACAGAGGUGACGACUGCAGCGGGUCCUCCUGGCCAGUGCGGGGCGCCACUCAUCACUCUCACCAGCAACACCUGCGUAACGCUCAACUGGGAGAGUCCUGAGGGAUCAGGUACAGACAUCUCUGAGUAUCGUUUGGAGUGGGCGAGAGAAGACGAACCCAUGGAGCUCAUCUACUGUGGAGCUGCCACACAGUGUGAACUGUCUGAUCUGACGCCUGCCACAGAUUUCUGCUGCAGGCUACAGGCGGUGAAUCAGGCAGGCGCUGGUCCUUACAGCGAGCAGGUGAGUUUCCGGACCCCGGCGACGAAUCCCGACCCGGUUUCCGCCCUGACCCUCCUGGAUCUCCCGACGUCCUCGGAGUCAGGUCACUCCCCGUCUACCUGCCUCCUCCUGAAGUGGGACGAGCCCAACAGCAACGGGGCGGAGAUCACCUCCUACGUCAUCACCCUGGACGACCAAACCAUCACUGUGGAAUCAGGAACGAGUCACUUGGUCUCGGGCCUGCAGCCAGACAGCGAGUACAGUGUACACAUCCAGGCGGUGAAUGCCAUCGGCUCCAGUCCCUUGAGUUCAGCCCUGCAGGCAAGGACACGCCCCCUCCCUCCAGCCCCGCCCCCUCUCGAAUGCUCAGCGGCUGGCCCUCAGAGCCUCAAGCUGAAGUGGGGAGAGAACGCCAGCAACACACACACCCGCGCCCUGCUCACCGAUGACAUGGUGUACACACUACAGAUGGAGGACAAGAAUCACAGGUUUGUGACCAUCUACCGCGGCCCCAGCCACACCUACAAGGUCCAGCGAUUGACUGAGUCCAGCAGCUACAGCUUCAGAAUACAGGCUAUCAGCGAUGCUGGAGAGGGUCCUUUCUCUGACACACACACCUUCUGCACCACCAAGUCCGUACCCCCUGCUCUGAAAGCUCCCAGAGUGCACCAGCUGGAGGGGAACAUGUGCGAGAUCACAUGGGAGACUAUCGCACCAAUGAGAGGAGAUCCUGUGAGCUACGUGCUCCAGGUGCUGGUGGGACGCGAGUCAGAAUACAAACAGGUUUUUAAGGGAGAGGAGGGCGUGUUCCACAUCUCUGGUCUCCAGGGCAACACAGACUAUCGUUUCCGUGUGGGCGCCUGCCGCCGUUGCCAGGAUUCGUGCCAGGAACUGUGCGGACCACUGAGCCCCUCCUCCUUGUUCACGCUGCGUCGCCAGGAGUCGGCGUCAUCGGGAGAGCUGUGCGCCGUGGAGUCGGGCAAAGGGGCGGGCCUGAUCUCCAGCGACGAGCGCUUUGCGGCACUCAUCGUGUGCGUGUUCGCGGGCUUCUCCAUCCUCAUCGCCUGCUUGCUACAGUACUUCUUUAUGAAGUGAGGGAAUUUUAACUAUAGGAUAGAAAGAGAAAGCAAAAUCACAGAGAAACUUUAAAAAAACGUCUAUGAAAGAACCGAAUGAAAUCAAAACAAACACUUGAGAUGUACUUCUAAGGCUAUGUAUGUGUUUUUUUAGUCAAAGUAUCGAUUCUGGCUUUCCUCACCUUGUCGUCCUCUGCGUUCACUCAGUUCGGUCUCAUUACUCUCUACAUCUCUGUUGUCUUUGUAUCAUCGUCUGUCUCAUUUGUUAAGGAUUUCUGUCGAGGGAAGCCUUGUCUUAGCUGUACCUCGGUUGGGAAAGAAAACUGAUAAUCAAGCCUUAAAAUAGCUGUGAGCAAAGCAGUUGCUCCUCAGACUGACUUGCAUGUUUUAUUUUGUAUCUUUUUAAAACAUAUUUGAUUAGAGAACGUGUAUAUUUCUUGACGGUCAUUGCCUUACUUUUUUUGUUUUUUUUUCAAUGUGUAAUUUGCUUUUUUUUUCUUUUGCUGCAGUCUUUAUUCAUUUCAGCCAUAUUCCAAUGUAGGCCUACAAAGCUUUAGCCGGUCAUACCUUAUUAUUUGGUUUGUUACAACUCUACAGACUGUCAGUCGACUCAUGCAAUCUGCACCUGCUCUCACACGCACACGGACUGACUGACAAAGACUUUCGUACACAUACACGCACGCACACACGUACAAUCACACUCAUGCAAUGACAGCGAGAAACGCACAUUUCCUCCUAAGAAGUCAAUCGCAUAUCUGCUCAGCUUUUAACAUUCAAUCACUCACUCAUUCAGCUACCAAAGUGAUGCAAUCCAUGUGUGGUGUAAGAUGCUGCUAUCCUGUGAUUUUAUUAUAUCUAAGAAAGAAUGGAAAACCAGUAAUCUAAUAUAUAUACACACAAUAUAAAUAUAUAUUAUAACAAAUAUCUAUGAUGCUAUAAAAAGUGAUGUAAUAUAAGUGAUGGCAAUGUAAGGUCUGAAGUACAGUGUGAAGGGGGAGGAGAUGAAUCUAGGUGCUCGCAAACAGCAGCUCUGAGGUCAGUUCAGCAGCUCGAAGGAGCCCUUAAACACUGGUCUUGGAUCAGAAUAUGAACCCUCGUAGGUAAUCGAAUGUUGGGCGUAAACUGGCUCUAGCGUUUAGGAAGCCGGGCUGGGAUUGUGUUUGGCUGCAACUUAACAGGAACGGGCUGAUGAGAGCAUUUGAUUGGCCCUCGCUCAGUCCUUUCCAUAUUCUACCAUCUCAAGUACCAUUGCUCCAGCCUAAGUAUCUGUAGCUUUAGUAGCGAUAUGCCCGUUAGACCCAGAGGUGCUAACAGCCUGCCAGCAAGCUUCUCGCGCUUCUCAGAGCUCCGUGUGUUAACCAGGAAAGCCAUUAGGAGUUAGCUUGAGCUUUAUUCCCCCCCUUCCCCUCCUGAAAUUUAGCCCGUCGCCAGCCAGAGCAGUGCUGAAGCUGUAGUUUCUCCUUCCAGCUAGUCUGUGAAUCGAUACAUUUGAAGACUCUUCUCCUCUUCUCUCCUCCUCUGCCCAUAAUUAUCUGUAAUUACCUUUUGCUCUGGCUGCUCUUCUCUUGCUUUCGAUCCAUCCCAUCUUUCUGCCAAUGCACUACUCUCUCUCUCUCUCUCUCUCUCUCUCUCUCUCUCUCUCUCUCUCUCUCUCUCUCUCUCUCUCUCUCUCUCUCUCUCUCUCUCUCUCUCUCUCUCUCUCUCUCUCUCUCUCUCUCUCUCUCUCUCUCUCUCUCUCUCUCUCUAUUAAAAGGUGCUUUAUUGACAUGUAAUCAGAGCAGUAGCAAGUCUGUGGUCUCUCCUCAGACGGAUAUGUUCUCUGGGGACUUGAACUAAUGUUCACUAACCAAACAAGCCUUUGACAGAACACAACUCAACAGAACAGGGCAUUCUGACACACGUUAACGCCCCCCGCCCCCCCCGACUCACUCCUGAACCCCUUUUUAAUCCCAACCUGAAAAACAAAGCCAAGGUACAGCCCACUACAUACUCUAAUGAUCCAAAGAAGUCACCCUGACCUGCUUGAUUAAUGUGUGACAUGUCUAUUUUUCGUCAGGUGGGGUGCAGGGGGAAGAAGGAUUGGGUGGGGAAGGGGGGGUUAUGGAAGAGCAGCGUGGGCAGUCGCCUCGCCGCUCCGCUCUGAUUGGCAGCCUGUAACGUACCUCAGGGAUAAGGCCUUACAGAGGGGAGAUCUAAUCCUGUCAUCCCCAUCGCUGUCAUCAUCGUCAUCAUAUUAGCCUCUCUUCCUCCAUUUCUCUGUCUUCCUCUCUCCCCCCCCCCCCCCUCUCUCUAUCUAUCUCUCUCUCCCUCUUUCAUUUUUUGAUGCUGUAUCUUGUCCUCUGUCGAUGCUGUGCCUUGCUCCUGUAUGUGUCAGUAAGCAAAGUGGUUUACUAGCUCAAAAUACCUUUGCCAAAGUUGAUGGGAAAGUUAAGGUAGAGUUCUUUUCUAGGUUUUAUUUAUACUAUAUAUUUGCAUACAGUACUUUACAUGCCAAUUACAGUGCAAUCUUCAUUUAUUUAUUGUUUAAAGAUUAAGAGACAAGUGUAGUUAUAUACUAAUUUUUUUCCUUGUAGCAUGUUUUUUUUUCUUUUUUUUUUUUUAAUGGAUGUAUGUUAGAUUGUAUGAUUAAGGCCAGCAUUCCUUAUCUCAGUAACCCUUUAAGUAUUUCUCUUACAGCUGUUGGGAACCUGUAGCUCAUCAGUCCAUGCAUUGCAGUUAUCAUUGCCAUUUCAAACAUGUAACCAAAUGUAUUUUUGUUUUUCAUCUCCUGUUGCGGCCGUGCACAGCCGAGCAGUUCUUGUAAUGCUUAGAGAGACAUGUAGCAAAGCGAGGCCUUAGGGUCAGUUCAAGUCAUCUGUAUUGGGAUAAACGUUGCUGCCUUUGGCUUUUUUUUCCUGAUUAGUGUUAUAAUGAAGCUUCUGAUAUCUUUUUACUGUUUUAUUGCCAAAGCGCAGGCUUCUCGUGUCCACUAGAUGUUGCGUUUGCAGGCGUCUAAAGGGUUCUGUGAUGUUCUUCUGUAACGACACAGCAUUACGAUUAUUAUUAUUGUUAUUAUUAUUCUCUCAAAAGGAAAAAAAAACAUUAACUUGAUCUGUGAUUAUGCUUCUUUUCAUAUUAUCUUUUAUUAAUUUUGUUUUGUAAAGCAAAAUGUGCCAUUUUGAAAUGUGUAGCCCCGUUUGGAGGAGAGUUUUUAACACAACCUGAAUUCACACUGAAAGGUUAAAAAAUAAAGGCAAAAACAAUCAUACGAUGAUUUCAGGCAGAUGAUGACAAUAAUAAUAUUGACGAUUCCUUGUUCAGGUUAGUGCUGGUAUAGCAGUAGUUAGUAUUUUGUAUCCAGUAUUUUGCUAAGAGAUGAUAUACAGAGAUAUCUAUAGAGCUAUAGAAUGAGAUGGUAAUACAUUAUGACUAACAGAGUUGAAGCACUUUUUUUAUGCCGAGCAUUAGUCUUGAUGAGGUUAAUAUGAGCGAGAGGAGACACGAGGUCCAUCGCUCUGUUCCAAACACUACUGCCAACCGCCGUCUGUUACAUUCAUUGGCAUUAUUGUGUCGUUGGCGUCACUGUGACAUUGCAUUACUGGAGCACGGUUCUGUUCUGCUUCUCAAAAGGGCACCCUGCUCCCCGCAGAUGCAAACUAACGGCAACAGAGAAGGUUCAUAUAGGGAACGUGGUUGCUUUCUCAGACGUGCUCGUGGUGUGUCUACAUAGCCUGUGACAUUGUAGUCGACAGGUAAUAUGUGAGGUGUCCUGUCCUUAACCCCCCCCCCCCCCCCCCCCGAUGUUAUGUUGCCCACCCACAGCCCCCGAUUCCCCCUUUUGAAGCCUUAACGCCCCAAUGGGAGAGCAGAGGUGUUUGGCCGAGCUCAGGCCAGUCAUGUUAGUGUUGUAAAGUUAACACGGUGUUAACUGAGAGGCUGUGUUUUUGUGGGCAGGGUACUCCCUUUAUGUGCUUUUGUUGUUUUUUUGUUUUUUUUUGGUUAUUUUCAAAUGCUGGUAAUUUUAUAGACACCCCGCCCCUCCCCCGCCCACCCUGCAGGUCCUGCACAUUUGGCGGGAAUGUCAAGAAUGAGAGACAUUUUUUUUUCUCCCCAGCAACACCCACGUCUGUGCCUUCUGAUCAUUUUAUUUUUUUCUUUAUAAUUUUUUUUAUUUUUAUGUUUUGUACGUUUUACAGUAAGUAGAGAAUUUUGACUGAGAAUUUGGCGAUUUGACAAACGUACAGAGACUCACAGGUAUUUAACUAUUUUUUAAGCAAGACAAAAAAAGAAACAUAUUUUUACCUCACGAUUUAAAAACAAACAUUCCAAUGUUGUCAUGGUCUACGAAUUGAGAAAAAAAAAGAAAUUCAUGCAUUUCUUCUUGUAUUGUAAAUGUUAGACAAUUUCAUAUGCAUUAUAUAAAAGAAACUGCCAUAUCAAUUUUAAUGUAUAGAUUUUUGCAAAUACUACCCUAUGUAUGUAAGACGUAACUGUAUCGGUAGCGUAUAUAUAAUAUAUUUAUGCCCAAUAAAUGUUUUGAUUUUUUUUCUGA